AUGUAUGCUUCGACUGAUAGCUUAUUUUAUGGAAACAGCAUUGAUAAAAUAUUACAAAAAGAAUACUAUGAGUGGUAUAAAUUAACAAAAAAAUAUCCAGAUUAUACAUUUCCCAAAUUAUCAAGAACAACUAAUAAUGCUUUUUUAAUUAAUAGAUCUUGUUGUGAUACACUACAAUCUUUACCGGUUGUUUGUACAGAUGCACAGUGGUGUUUUGAUGGAACUGGGACAGUUACCUUCCAUAAUGAUUAUGGGGUUAGACUAUAUUUAGUUCCCGAGGAUGGUGGAAAAAACAAAAAUAAAAACAAUGCAAAAAUAAAAGCACCAAAAAUUUUAGUCCCUUUUUAUAGAUGGUUUAAGCCGCAUUCUAUCAUUACUGGCGUAAUUCAUCCCAAACUUUCAUUAUACGUUGACAGCGAAAAUAAUAAUACCCAUACCAACAAAUUAGUAAUACUAUCUCAUAAGAAUUUACCACUUCAACUACACAAAAUAAAUUACUGCGAGGAAGAAAGAAUAACCAGUUUAUUUAAUUAUUCGACUGAAAAUCCAACAAAUGAAAAAUAUGAAACAGUUUAUUCCUUAUCAUUUAUUUCUGAUUUCCAAUUUUUAAGUGGAUCCGUUAAAGAUAAGAUAGCAUUAUACGAUUUAAAUUAUAAAGAUCCAAUAGUAACGUGGAAACCUAAUAAUCACAAUAUAUCCAAAUCUACCAUAGUUACAUGUUUUAGUGAUUACGAUGACUACCAUAUAAAAGAACAACGUAUGAAUAACGCGGUACUUUUUGGUGAUAAUAAAAAUAGGAUUUAUAGAAUUGACUUGAGAAGUAAGCAGAACAACAAUCAAAGCACAGAUUUAGUUUAUUCAGAUGCUUUGAACCAUGGGAAUGGAAUUUCCCAAAUUUUAAGUAGUGCAAAUGGACAUUAUCAGUAUAUAUUGAAAAGGAAAAGCAACAAAAUAGAUGUUUUGGAUUUAAGAGGUGGAAUUAACGUGAAUUAUGUUAUUAACAGUUUCCAAAUUUCGCCUAAUGAACCUUGUAUGGGCAAAAGUUAUAAAGUUAGAGGGUGUAUUAAUAAUAAAUACGGGUUAUUAAUUGGUUCCAAUUAUCGAAAAGUGAUAUAUAAUAAUUGGAAUCAUGAUUUUAUUGAGUUUGGUGGCAUUGAUAGAGAUGGUAAUGUACAUUCUUACACUGAGGACAAUUUGGAAACAAUAAUCAACUAUCACGAAAAUGUAUCAGAAGGUGAUGUAAUGACAAAUAUUGUUAAAAGUAAUCCUAUUGAUCCUGACCAACUGUUCAUCAGCUAUACUCCAAGAAUUUGUUCAAAUAGUGCUGAUGAUAUUAAUAAUGUUGUUCCAUGUAAAUCUGGUCUAGGAUAUUUUAAUAUUUAA